GGUAACUGGACGAUAUGUAAAGAGGCCAGUCAUCUCCCGUAACGACUCAUCUGCAUCUGAGCAAAGAGAUGAUUCACGCCCCCGUGACACUAGCCCCUCCACUCGCCUUCCUCAUGAAUUCAAGUGUUUAAACGCUCUUUCAAGACUCUCUUGCUCUUUCAUGUUUUCAAGAAAACUCAACCUCCAAAUUCUGUCGCAGCUGAGUUUUGUCGCCACUAGACAAAUAGAAGAGCCCAUCAUAGACAGGAAAGCAACAGUAACGAUGGCCGACGCCAUGAUCAUUCUCGAAACUCACAUCUACUCCAACACUCCCAAUGGCCUGCCGCCCUGGGUCCGCAGUUUCCAUCUACGCCUCUCCGCGACCGGGAAGAAAGCCGACAUCCUCAAACUCGUCCGUGAUUCUAUGGUUCGUCUUGGCCGCCCCGACCCCGUUGCUGAGGAGCAAAUCACCCUUUACUGGACUCGACAUGGACGAGUCGUAUCCAUCCCAGGCACCAACAGCUCAACCGCCGCGAUCACUCUACCCAUCUACCAGCCGUCGCAGCUCUUCAGCUUCAACGUCGGCUACCCUAUGGUCUACCCGCAACAUCCCCAAACGGCGAUGGUCUCCGGGUACCCACUGGCUCUCACCUACUCGGGUGGUGCCAAUUACCUGCACUCGUACGGCCCGAACCCUGUCACGAUGCCGCCUACCAUGGUUCCUGCCCAGCAGACCUGGAUGGUCGGGCACGUCAACGUUCCAUUCUUCGCUGCUGAUCGUGUUGGUGGUAUCGGAGGCCAGCCCAUCGUCUCAGAUGUUGUCAGAGAGGCUCGUCUUGACACGCUUGCGGAGGAAGGCCUUGACGGCAUGCUGGAGUGGGCCACAGGCCCUACAGGCCUCAAGCUGAUCCUCAUCGUCGAUGUUGACGGUCGGGGUGUAAUCUCUGGCCACAUUGGAUCUCCCGCCGCCCCAGUUGCCCCGGGCUCUCCCUCCCCAGCCUCUUCGGCCCCUGCUGCCUCUCAUAAUCCGGGAGACUGAAGCGCUGGAGGACGGGAUCGGACAGACGACAAGAACGAGACAAUAACUAAUUACAAGGACUAUACGACCAAGACCAAAUCUCAUGUUCCAUAACAGGGAACAGACUUUGAAUAUAUCCUUUCGAGAGGAUUGGAAAUUGGUAUUUAUAGACCCGUUACUGGGCCUGUGGAACAUAUGCCAACGGGAUCUACCCGUCUAUAGGCACUACAUUCGCCCAUCUCACAGUACAACGAAUUAGUAAGAUGCACCGUAUCCCCUAGUAACUAUGCUACUUU